GGCUUCCUAUUACAUGAUUACAUCCUAACUGUCCUGUUAUCAUCAGUAGGCUUCCUAUUACAUGAUUACAUCCUAACUGUACUGUUAUCAUCAGUAGGCUUCCUAUUACAUGAUUACAUCCUAACUGUACUGUUAUCAUCAGUAGGCUUCCUAUUACAUGAUUACAUCCUAACUGUACUGUUAUCAUCAGUAGGCUUCCUAUUACAUGAUUACAUCCUAACUGUACUGUUAUCAUCAGUAGGCUUCCUAUUACAUGAUUACAUCCUAACUGUACUGUUAUCAUCAGUAGGCUUCCUAUUACAUGAUUACAUCCUAACUGUCCUGUUAUCAUCAGUAGGCUUCCUAUUACAUGAUUACAUCCUAACUGUACUGUUAUCAUCAGUAGGCUUCCUAUUACAUGAUUACAUCCUAACUGUACUGUUAUCAUCAGUAGGCUUCCUAUUACAUGAUUACAUCCUAACUGUACUGUUAUCAUCAGUAGGCUUCCUAUUACAUGAUUACAUCCUAACUGUACUGUUAUCAUCAGUAGGCUUCCUAUUACAUGAUUACAUCCUAACUGUACUGUUAUCAUCAGUAGGCUUCCUAUUACAUGAUUACAUCCUAACUGUACUGUUAUCAUCAGUGGGCUUCCUAUUACAUGAUUACAUCCUAACUGUACUGUUAUCAUCAGUAGGCUUCCUAUUACAUGAUUACAUCCUAACUGUACUGUUAUCAUCAGUAGGCUUCCUAUUACAUGAUUACAUCCUAACUGUACUGUUAUCAUCAGUAUGCUUCCUAUUACAUGAUUACAUCCUAACUGUUAUCAUCAGUAGGCUUCCUAUUACAUGAUUACAUCCUAACUGUACUGUUAUCAUCAGUAGGCUUCCUAUUACAUGAUUACAUCCUAACUGUACUGUUAUCAUCAGUAGGCUUCCUAUUACAUGAUUACAUCCUAACUGUUAUCAUCAGUAGGCUUCCUAUUACAUGAUUACAUCCUAACUGUACUGUUAUCAUCAGUAGGCUUCCUAUUACAUGAUUACAUCCUAACUGUACUGUUAUCAUCAGUAGGCCUCCUAUUACAUGAUUACAUCCUAACUGUUAUCAUCAGUAGGCUUCCUAUUACAUGAUUACAUCCUAACUGUCCUGUUAUCAUCAGUAGGCUUCCUAUUACAUGAUUACAUCCUAACUGUACUGUUAUCACCAGUAGGCUUCCUAUUACAUGAUUACAUCCUAACUGUACUGUUAUCAUCAGUAGGCUUCCUAUUACAUGAUUACAUCCUAACUGUACUGUUAUCAUCAGUAGGCUUCCUAUUACAUGAUUACAUCCUAACUGUACUGUUAUCAUCAGUAGGCUUCCUAUUACAUGAUUACAUCCUAACUGUACUGUUAUCAUCAGUAGGCUUCCUAUUACAUGAUUACAUCCUAACUGUCCUGUUAUCAUCAGUAGGCUUCCUAUUACAUGAUUACAUCCUAACUGUCCUGUUAUCAUCAGUAGGCUUCCUAUUACAUGAUUACAUCCUAACUGUACUGUUAUCAUCAGUAGGCUUCCUAUUACAUGAUUACAUCCUAACUGUACUGUUAUCACCAGUAGGCUUCCUAUUACAUGAUUACAUCCUAACUGUACUGUUAUCACCAGUAGGCUUCCUAUUACAUGAUUACAUCCUAACUGUACUGUUAUCAUCAGUAGGCUUCCUAUUACAUGAUUACAUCCUAACUGUACUGUUAUCAUCAGUAGGCUUCCUAUUACAUGAUUACAUCCUAACUGUACUGUUAUCAUCAGUAGGCUUCCUAUUACAUGAUUACAUCCUAACUGUCCUGUUAUCAUCAGUAGGCUUCCUAUUACAUGAUUACAUCCUAACUGUCCUGUUAUCAUCAGUAGGCUUCCUAUUACAUGAUUACAUCCUAACUGUACUGUUAUCAUCAGUAGGCUUCCUAUUACAUGAUUACAUCCUAACUGUACUGUUAUCAUCAGUAGGCUUCCUAUUACAUGAUUACAUCCUAACUGUCCUGUUAUCAUCAGUAGGCUUCCUAUUACAUGAUUACAUCCUAACUGUACUGUUAUCACCAGUAGGCUUCCUAUUACAUGAUUACAUCCUAACUGUCCUGUUAUCAUCAGUAGGCUUCCUAUUACAUGAUUACAUCCUAACUGUCCUGUUAUCAUCAGUAGGCUUCCUAUUACAUGAUUACAUCCUAACUGUACUGUUAUCAUCAGUAGGCUUCCUAUUACAUGAUUACAUCCUAACUGUACUGUUAUCAUCAGUAGGCUUCCUAUUACAUGAUUACAUCCUAACUGUUAUCAUCAGUAGGCUUCCUAUUACAUGAUUACAUCCUAACUGUCCUGUUAUCAUCAGUAGGCUUCCUAUUACAUGAUUACAUCCUAACUGUACUGUUAUCAUCAGUAGGCUUCCUAUUACAUGAUUACAUCCUAACUGUACUGUUAUCAUCAGUAGGCUUCCUAUUACAUGAUUACAUCCUAACUGUACUGUUAUCAUCAGUAGGCUUCCUAUUACAUGAUUACAUCCUAACUGUUAUCAUCAGUAGGCUUCCUAUUACAUGAUUACAUCCUAACUGUCCUGUUAUCAUCAGUAGGCUUCCUAUUACAUGAUUACAUCCUAACUGUCCUGUUAUCAUCAGUAGGCUUCCUAUUACAUGAUUACAUCCUAACUGUACUGUUAUCAUCAGUGGGCUUCCUAUUACAUGAUUACAUCCUAACUGUACUGUUAUCAUCAGUAGGCUUCCUAUUACAUGAUUACAUCCUAACUGUACUGUUAUCAUCAGUAGGCCUCCUAUUACAUGAUUACAUCCUAACUGUCCUGUUAUCAUCAGUAGGCUUCCUAUUACAUGAUUACAUCCUAACUGUACUGUUAUCAUCAGUAGGCUUCCUAUUACAUGAUUACAUCCUAACUGUACUGUUAUCAUCAGUGGGCUUCCUAUUACAUGAUUACAUCCUAACUGUCCUGUUAUCAUCAGUAGGCUUCCUAUUACAUGAUUACAUCCUAACUGUCCUGUUAUCAUCAGUAGGCUUCCUAUUACAUGAUUACAUCCUAACUGUACUGUUAUCAUCAGUGGGCUUCCUAUUACAUGAUUACAUCCUAACUGUACUGUUAUCAUCAGUAGGCUUCCUAUUACAUGAUUACAUCCUAACUCUU